AUUCGUGAGCUGCGUCUUCCUCUCAGUCUCAUUCUCUUCUCUUUGCUUCUCUCUCUAAAGAGCUCGGGAAGAGUUUGAGUCUUGGUCAGAAAUGGAGCAGCAAAGGCACCAAAAGGAGGCCCAACGGGAGGAAGCAGCUGAAGAGUUACAACAUGGCCCUUUAUCCGUUGAAGAGCUUCAGGCAUCGGGCAUAUCUGCUACCGACGUCAAGAAACUUAAAGAUGCCGGUCUUUGUACGGUUGAAUCUGUGGCUUUCUCUCCUAGAAAGGACCUUCUGCAGAUUAAAGGAAUCAGUGACGCUAAAGUUGAUAAGAUCAUUGAAGCAGCUUCUAAAUUGGUGCCGUUGGGUUUCACUAGUGCUGCCCAACUUCAUUCCCAGAGGCUUGCAAUUAUUCAAAUAACAUCAGGAUCAGAAGAGCUAGACAAGAUACUGGAAGGAGGGAUAGAGACAGGAUCUAUAACUGAGCUAUAUGGUGAAUUUCGAUCAGGGAAGACUCAGUUGUGUCAUACUCUGUGUGUCACUUGCCAAUUGCCACUUGAUCAAGGAGGUGCUGAGGGCAAAGCAAUGUACAUUGAUGCAGAGGGUACAUUUAGACCACAGCGACUCUUACAAAUAGCAGACAGGUUUGGACUAAAUGGAGCUGAUGUAUUGGAAAAUGUUGCCUAUGCUAGAGCAUAUAACACUGAUCAUCAAUCACGACUUCUGCUUGAAGCUGCUUCAAUGAUGGUGGAAACAAGGUUUGCUCUGGUAAUAGUUGACAGUGCUACUGCUCUCUAUAGGACAGAUUUUAGCGGAAGAGGGGAACUUUCUGCCCGGCAAAUGCAUCUGGCGAAGUUCCUUCGGAGCCUUCAGAAGCUAGCAGAUGAGUUUGGUGUGGCUGUUGUGAUAACCAACCAAGUAGUUUCACAAGUAGAUGGUUCUGCAGUCUUUGCCGGACCUCAAAUCAAGCCUAUUGGUGGAAACAUUAUGGCUCAUGCAACAACCACAAGGCUGCAGCUUCGGAAGGGCAGAGCGGAAGAACGCAUCUGUAAAGUGAUAAGUUCUCCUUGUUUGGCUGAGGCUGAAGCAAGGUUUCAGAUAUCUCCAGAAGGCGUUUCUGAUGUUAAAGACUGACCCAUUUCAGUAGCUCUGAGCUUUGUGGCUGUUUUUUUUUUUUUUGGGGGGGGGGGUUCAUCAUCUCAUCUUGUAACUGCAAGUAGAUUUACAUUAAUAAUACGCAUUUAUGCUUUUUUUGUUCUGUAUAGAGUCCUAGUUCGUCUUCAUCUGUUGGUUUUGUCCCCCUCAAGUUCUCUCUUGCAGUUGGGAGAAUUACACUGCUCUAUUAAUGAAUGAUGGGAGAGCACCGUUACGAUGUAAACUAGAAAUCCUUUUAUUGAAACUUUUGU